GACGUUUUCAGCAGUGGUAGUUGCCUUGGUUCUCGCGAUAUUUCCGGGUAAACGGGAGCCCGGGCGACCCGGGCUUCUGUGAAACAUGGCGGUCGGCUGGGACCGUAACACAAGCAUGACUAUAUGAAAGAAGAGGGGGGUUUUCCUGAAGAUGAGGCGACUGAACCGGAAAAAAACCUUAAGUUUGGUGAGAGAGUUGGACGCCUUUCCGAAGGUUCCUGACAGCUAUGUCGAGACCUCAGCCAGCGGGGGUACAGUUUCUCUAAUAGCAUUUACCACUAUGGCUUUAUUAACUAUAAUGGAAUUUUCAGUAUAUCAAGAUACAUGGAUGAAGUAUGAAUAUGAAGUAGACAAGGAUUUUUCUAGCAAAUUGAGAAUCAAUAUAGAUAUUACUGUUGCCAUGAAGUGUCAGUAUGUGGGAGCUGAUGUAUUGGAUUUAGCAGAAACAAUGGUUGCGUCUGCAGAUGGUCUAGUUUAUGAGCCAGCAAUAUUUGAUCUUUCACCACAGCAAAAAGAAUGGCAAAGGAUGCUUCAGCUGAUUCAGAGUAGACUGCAAGAAGAGCAUUCACUUCAAGAUGUGAUAUUUAAAAGUGCUUUUAAAAGUGCGUCAACAGCACUUCCACCAAGGGAAGAUGACUCAUCACAGCCGCCCGAUGCGUGCAGAAUUCACGGUCACCUAUAUGUCAAUAAAGUAGCAGGGAAUUUUCACAUAACUGUGGGCAAGGCAAUUCCACAUCCCCGAGGUCAUGCACACUUGGCAGCACUUGUCAACCAUGACUCUUACAACUUUUCUCACAGAAUAGAUCAUUUGUCUUUUGGAGAGCCUGUUCCAGGAAUUAUUAAUCCUUUAGAUGGAACUGAAAAAAUUGCAUUAGAUCACAACCAGAUGUUCCAGUAUUUUAUUACAGUUGUGCCAACAAGACUAAAUACGUAUAAAAUUUCAGCAGACACCCACCAGUUUUCUGUGACAGAAAGGGAACGCGUCAUUAACCAUGCUGCAGGCAGCCAUGGAGUGUCUGGGAUUUUUAUGAAAUAUGAUCUCAGUUCUCUUAUGGUGACAGUCACCGAGGAGCACAUGCCAUUCUGGCAGUUUUUUGUAAGACUCUGUGGUAUUGUUGGAGGAAUCUUUUCAACAACAGGCAUGUUACAUGGAAUUGGAAAAUUUAUAGUUGAAAUAAUUUACUGUCGUUUCAGACUUGGAGCUUACAAACCCGUCAAUUCUGUCCCCUUUGAAGACGGCCACACAGACAACCACUUACCUCUUUUAGAAAACAAUACACAUUAGCACCUCCCAAGUGAAGGAGAAGAACUUUUUGCCUGAGACAUGAAACCUUUUUUAAUAAUAAAAUAUUGUGCAAUAUAUUCAAAGAAAAAAAAAUAUGACUGAGAAACAGGAAUCACACCUAGAAAAAAAAAAAAAGAAAAACAAGAAAAACAAACCCAAACUGAAAUCCUAUAUAUGUUGUGUCUGUUACAAAUGUCCUAGAAGAAAUUAUGCAGCUAAUCUAAUCACUGAAUAAGCCCAACUGGAGUAUUGCUUCGAAGAUGGCCCCCGUCUGACACUGUCAUAGCAGGUGGGCAGUGCUGAAAUCAGACCUCGCUUCUUGAUGACAAAGAGCCUGAAGGAAAGAAGUCAAACCACAUCUGCAGAAAAAGGCAUUGAUAAGUGCAAAUGUUUGCAUCUCUUUGUUUUUAAAAGAUACGAUGUCAGAAUAAAAAUAUGUAAAACAUAUGGAAAACUA